AUGACCCUCGCCGAAUCUCACUACAUCAUUAAACUCCCCCAAACCCCCUCCGCAACCUGGACCGUCGAGCCCCGCGCCAUCGCCCAGCAAUGGCUCACAGCUCUCGACACGCUGCUCGCCCGCGCCGACUUCGACCAGCUGCCGCAACUCUUCCACGAUGACUCCUGGUGGCGCGACAUGCUCGCCCUCGACUGGGACCUGCGCACCGUGCGCGCCGCUCCCGCCAUCGUCGACUUCCUACGACGCACGCAGCGCCACGCCGAGCUGGCAGCCCUGCGCCUCCAACACCAGGGCCGCUUCCAGCCACGGCUGGAGACCCCCGCCCCCGGGCUCACCUGGGUGUCGUCCAUGUUCUUUUUCGAGACGCGCGUCGGCCGCGGCACCGGCGUGCUGCGUCUGACGCAGGACGGUGCCGGUGCCUGGAAGGCGUAUGCGGUGUACACAGCAUUGCAGGAGCUCAAGGGGCGAGAGGAGCCGCUGGGGCCGCGGCGUGCCCAGGGCACGAUCGAGUCAAUGCCUGGCGGGCUAACAAAGGGCAAUUGGCUGGAGCGGCGGAAGCGACAGUUCGAGUUUGUGGAUGAGGAGCCGACAACAUUGGUUGUCGGAGCCGGCCAGGCCGGUCUGAACAUGGGCGCCCGGCUACAAUCGCUCGGCGUGUCCUGUCUCGUUGUCGACCGCAACAAGCGCAUCGGCGACAACUGGCGCAACCGCUACCGAACGCUGGUCACGCACGACCCCGCCGAGUUCACCCACAUGGCAUACCUCCCCUUCCCUAAGAACUGGCCGCAGUUCACGCCCAAGGACAAGCUGGCCGACUGGUUCGAAGCCUAUGCGCAGAUCAUGGAGCUCAACGUCUGGCUGCAGACGACCGUGACCGGCGCCGUCUACGACGACGCAACCGCCCAGUGGACCGUGACCGUGUCUCGCGCCGACGGCUCCCAGCGCACGCUGCGCCCGCGCCAUCUCGUCUGGUGCACCGGGCACUCGGGUGAGCCGCGCAUCCCCUCGUUCCCGGGGCAAACCGACUUCCGCGGCCGCGUCUACCACGGCAGCCAGCACCGCGACGCAGCCGAGGAGGACGUGCGCGGGAAGAAGGUCGUGGUGGUGGGCACAGGCAACAGCGGACACGACAUUGCGCAGAACUUCUACGAGAACGGCGCCGAGGUGACCAUGCUCCAGCGGAGCGGGACGUACGUGAUCACCGCCGACAAGGGAGUGUUUAUGAUGCACGAGGGGCUCCACGAUGAAUACGGUCCCCCGACUGAAGAAGCCGACAUCAUCGCCGAGAGUCUCCCCUACCCCGUGCAAUUCGCGCUGAACGUGCACUUCACCAAGAAGGUCGCCGCCGCCGAGAAAGACAUCCUGGACGGCCUGCAGCGCGCCGGGUUCGAACUGGACUUUGGCGUGGACGGCGCGGGCAUCUCGCGCGCGUAUAUGACCCGCGGCGGUGGAUACUAUAUCGAUGUCGGGUGCAGCCCGCUCAUCGCCGACGGCAAGAUAAAGGUGAAGCGGAGCCCCGAGGGCAUUGCCGGAUUCAACGAGCGCAGUCUGCUCCUGAAGGAUGGCAGUUCGCUAGACGCCGAUAUCGUUGUGUUGGCUACUGGCUACGACAACAUGCGUACUACGGUGCGAAAGGUCCUGGGCGAUCGUGUUGCGGAUCGCUGUAAGGAUGUGUGGGAUCUCGAUGAGGAGGGAGAAGUGAAUGCCAUGUGGCGUCCGAGCGGUCAUCCGGGCUUCUGGUUCAUGGGCGGCAACCUGGCCCUCUGUCGCAUCUACUCCAAGUUCCUGGCGCUUCAGAUCAAGGCCAUUGAGGCUGGCUUGACUUCUCAGCAAGCCCAGUCCAAGCUGUAG